UGUUGUAUCAUUCCCACGUCCCAACCAAUGUGACCGAUGUGAGCACUCGACGCGAAGCCCGAGCAUGAAUUCGAUAGCUCGUUUCAAUAUCAAAGCCUCCACUCAGAGAACAGGACUGUAAAUUGCCGCGAUGGAGCCAACGAACGGGUGGGUCACUUACAUCACGAUUCACGAUGUCUUCGAUCCGCGCCUGAAGUCAAGUUUGCCUACGUCCUGUUCCUUUUCGAAAACAUAAAUAUCCAGCGCAAAGCCACUCUCUUUCGUUUCAACCCAUCACCAUCCACUUCAAUCUCGUCGACAGUCCUCCAUCGACGCUUUUCAUUCUCAUUCUACUCACCACAGUCGCUUCUUCAAGCAUUUUCGUAACCUUCAACAUGCGUCAAUCCACCGCUUUCGCCAUGCUCAUGGCCACCGCCUUCGCUGCUCCCAUGCAGAAGCGCCAGGACGUCCUUGACCCCAUCACCGAUGGUCUCGGAGCUGCCCUCGCCACUCUCCCAAUCCUUCCUCCUCUUCCUCAGGCCUUGGGCGCUGGUAUCUCCAACCUCAAGCGUGAGGCCGAGCCACAGGAUGUCCUCGACCCCAUCACCGAUGGUCUCGGAGCUGCCCUCGCCACUCUCCCAAUCCUUCCUCCUCUUCCUCAGGCCCUGGGCGCUGGUAUCUCCAACCUUAAGCGCCAGGAGGUCCUCGACCCCAUCACCGACGGUCUCGCUGUCGCCCUCAAGAACGCCGGCCCCAAGGUUGUCGUUCCUCUCACCAACGGCCUCAGCAAGGGUGUCGGCCACUUGAAGCGCCAGGAUGUCCUCGACAAGAUCACCGACGGUCUCGGCGCUGCUGUCGCCGGCUUGACCAUUCUCCCUCCUCUUCCCCAGGGUCUCGGUGAGGGUAUCUCCAACCUCAAGCGCCAGGAGGUUCUCGACCCCAUCACCGACGCCCUCGCUGUCGCCCUCAAGAACGCCGGCCCUGACGUCGUUGUCCCUCUCCUCAACGGUCUGAGCAAGGGUGUUGGUCACCUCAAGCGCCAGCAGGUUCUUGACCCCAUCACCGACGCCCUCGCCAUCGCUCUCAAGAACGCCGGCCCUGACGUCGUCGUUCCCCUCACCAACGGCCUCAGCACCGGCGUCGGCCACCUCAAGCGCCAGGAGGUCCUCGACCCCAUCACUGACGCCCUCGCCAUCGCCCUCAAGAACGCUGGCCCUGACGUCGUUGUCCCUCUCACCAACGGCCUCAGCACUGGUGUUGGUCACCUUUAAAGAGCCAAAGACCUCUGAACAUACCCUCUCGCUCGAGGAAGUCAAAUUCUGGGAAUUUGCGCGAAAAAGCGAAUAUUUUCUUACACGAUAUGAAUGAUCCCUGCUCUGGACGAUGGGUUGAUCAGUUACCCUUGUAAUUAGGCCGUAUAGAGUUCUCUGGAGGAAUCUCUCAGGUCAAUGAUCAAAUGA